AACACUAAUAAUAAUUUGCAUAAAAAAUCAGAGAAGGGGAGAAGGAGAGAAAUCUGAAUAGCUGGGUUGAGUGAGAGAAAGAGAGAAGGGUUUUGAGUGAGCGAAGAAGAAGAAGAAGAAGAAGAAGAGAGGAUGUCACUGACGGGGGUGAAGAUGUCGGAGGAGGUGUGGCUGACAUGCGCCACGCACGCAUUGUCGACGGAGACAGAAGAGAUCAUGGGCCUCCUCUUGGGGGACAUCCACCACUCCAAGGACGGCCGCCACGUCACCGCUCUCAUUUGGGGAGCAUCCCCCCAGACUCGCUCCGAUCGCCGCAAGGACCGUGUCGAGACCAACCCCGAGCAGCUGGCCGCCGCCUCCGCCCUCGCAGACCGCAUGACCUCCUCCACCGGCAGAACCACCCGCGUCAUCGGCUGGUACCACUCACACCCUCACAUCACCGUCCUCCCUUCCCACGUCGAUGUCCGCACCCAGGCCAUGUACCAGCUCCUCGAUUCCGGCUUCAUUGGCCUCAUCUUCUCCUGUUUCAGCCAUGACGCCAACAAGGUCGGUAGGAUUCAGGUCAUUGCCUUCCAGUCCUCUGAUGGCAAGAACCAUCUCAUUCGAACUUCCGUUAUCGAUAUCGAUUCCUCGCCCAGUUCCUCUGAGAAUGUGUCCAUCAGAUCUGCUCAAUUCAAGCCCGACAGUCCCGAGCAGGACACUGGUGAUUCCAGAAUUGCAUCUCCAGCUGCUAAGGGUGUGGGGAAAUCUUCAGACUUGGGGUAUUUCUUUGAUAAUGCCGAUGCCAACUAUAUGGGGAGAGAAAAAGGGGGAGUGAACUACCAUCCUAACAAUUCAGACGUCUCCAUUGUUGAUGUUGAUCCCAUGGAUAUGUCAGAAAGUAUGCAGGAAGCUGUGCACCGUUCUAAUUUGGACAUGAGUGGUGCAGAGUAUGUAAGAAAAGAAAUUCCCCUUUAUGUUUUGCCAGCCUUGUCUCUUAUCAGCCUUGAUUUGCCCCUGUCGUCGUACACGGAUCUGCAACAUGUACUAUUUGAAGAGGAACGAAGUGCAUAUAACCAAGCCAUCUUACAAAAUAUGAGGGAUGGGAAAGUGCAUCCACUCACCUUCAUACAUCACACCUCAACUUAUCAGGCUUCCUUGUGCAAACUGAUGGAAUAUUGUUUAAGUCCUGCAAUAAAUUCACUUCAAGAUCGACUCAGAGAGACUGAAAUUCGGCUAGCAGCACUGCGUGAAGAAGCCAAAAGUCUGGAGACUGAGGCAUCUAGAGGGAGUGAAGCAAGUUCAGGAUCCCCUCGACAACCCGCAUCUCCUGCAAAUCGAGGAAGCUCCUCUCUUGGUCAUAGAAACUUGCACAGCUCAGCCGAACCCCUCGGAGCUAGGAAUGUAGCUAGUCCCAGUAGCCGGACCCGAAAAGGAUACUAGAGUAAAACCCAGAUUGAAAGAAAUGUUUCAAUCAAUACUAAUGGCAAUCGUGAUUUUUUUGCUAAAAUGGGGUGUAGGAUACGUAUUUGGAAUGUACAUGAAAAUGAUAUUGCCUGAGCAUAGUCUGCUAUUUUGGACAUGAUGCUAAAUGAGCAAGUAUUCUGCAAGUGUAGUCUAUUACUAAUGUAAAAAUGACGUUUUUAAUA